GAAUUGGCGGAUAAUGGUGUGUCUCUUCUAACUGUAAAAGUGGUAAGUCUUUUCUGGUGGCUUUAUUUGGUUUAUUCAACAAUCUGAGGACGGGAAGGACGUACUUAUAUCUUACUUUUGAAUCUAGAGUCAUGCCGAGCGGUUGGUUUCUUCUCUUACGAUUUUGGCUUAGAGUUGAUGGAGUGCUUAUGAGAUUAAGGGAUACCCGUAUGCACUGUGCUUUUGGAGAUAAUGUAAAUCCCAUUAUUCUUCGAGAGAGCUGCUGGAGAGAAGCUAGGUUUCAAGCUUUGGCUGCAAAGGGAUACCCUUCUGACGCUGCUGCCUACAAUGAUCCAAGUAUCAUCAGCCAAAGGCUUCCUGUGGUCAUGAAUAAGACCCAUAAGCUAAAGAACUAAGGAAUAGACAAGAGGAGCUGGCUUCCCCUCUUAUCACAUAGAUUCUUCAAGGAACCAAUGAUAUUGAGCUUGCUGAAAGUGUGUAACUUUUGGUGGUUGAUUGAUUGCAUGCAUCUAGAGUUACCUUAAGUUCUUGUUAAAGUUAGAGCAUUUAAUUCGAAACUAAUUGGCCUAGUUGUAUAGUGCUGUGCAUUGCUUAAUAUUAAUCAUAUUUUUGA